CCUAAACCCGUAGAUGACCAGUAUCGCUCCCUUUUUAACAAGGAUAGCCUCGACACCUUAAAAUGAGGUCGAUCAGAAAUGCAAUGAUGCGCCCUUUCUCCCCGCUUCGCAAGAAACCGAUCACGGUCCCUCCUCCAGUGCGCCUCGCAUCCAACGAAGAAUCUAUAGAUGAAGAGAUCUGCCCGGGCUAUAAUUCGAAGAAAUUCUACCCGGCAAGGCCAGGAGAGAUACUCGGCAAUCGCUAUCAAAUUCUUGUUAAGGUUGGCUGGGGGAUUUCAUCUACCACAUGGUUUGCUCGUGAUAUGCGGGGAUACAAAUGGGAACCAGAAAGCGUUGUAGCGUUAAAAGUAAUCAACGCCAACUCUCAUACAGAUGACGGUGAACGCAAAAUUGAAGAAUGCAUUGCUAAGACAGACGCGACUCAUCGCGGUCGUGCAUUGUUUCGAACAUACUUGGAGUGUUUCGAGGUGAACAGCCCAGAAGGAAAACAUCUAUGUCUAGCAUAUGAGCCCAUGAGGGAGCCGAUCUGGCUUUUCCAGAGGCGUUUCAAAGAUGGGAAAAUUCCCCUUCCACUCGUCAAGACAUACAUUCGUUUUCUUUUGAUAGGUUUGGAUUAUCUUCACACAGCAUGCAGUGUUGUCCAUGCCGAUCUAAAACUUGAUAAUAUCAUGAUCACGUUCGAAGACCCUGCUGUCCUUAGCGACUUCAUGAAUUCUCAGCUCGACAUACCGAUGCAGUACAAAACUGACCCUUCGGGCAGACCCAUCUAUCUCUGUCAGAACGACUUCGGUCCUCUGAGGAAACUGAGUAGUAUACCAAAGAUAAUUGAUUUUGGACUGUCUACGAGACUAGAUAAACAGGAUGACUACGGUGUAUACCCUAUCCAGCCAGAUCACUAUCGUGCACCAGAAGUUAUCCUUGGCUGCCGCUGGAAUAUGAGCGCAGACAUAUGGAACUUGGGUAUUCUUCUCUGGGAUCUCAUUCAGGGUAAAGAGCUAUUCCAGCAGGUCUACGAUGCGCAAGGCCGUUACGUUGCAAAAGCGCAUCUCGCAGAAAUGAUCGCGUUACUCGGGCCCCCUCCUCCUGAACUGGUUUCACGGACCUACUCCUUAUCCGGUUGCAAAUGGCCUGAGCCAGUGAAGAGAGAAGAUGGCAGAGUCUGUGAAACUGCAGAGCAAUAUUUUGGUGGUCCUUUUUUUGACGAAGAUGGUAACUUUUUGCACCAAGACCUAAUCCCAGACCGGAAACUGGCAGAUACACUUCCCUCUCUAGAAGAUAAGGAACGGGAAGAUUUCUUGUCCUUCGCAAAGAUGAUGCUUGCUUGGCUCCCAGAGGAAAGGGAGAUGGCACGUCAAUUGGCGAAACAUCCAUUUCUUCAGCUGAAAUGAGAGUACAUGGUGAUUAUUGUCAUCUAUCCACAUUCGGAUGGAUAGUCACUUAUAGGGAAUCAUGCGUUUCUCUUCCUCGCUUUUUUUCAUGUCAAGUGUCAGUGUAUAUUGGUAAUAGAGUAUGCCAUUAUUGUGAGGGUUUAUAUUCGAUCCUACAAGACGGAAUUCAGUAGUCAUAUUGAACCAUCUAGCAGAUUGCUUGCUUGAAGACUAGUUCUAGGGAGGGAAGGGUGGUUGACCUCGUAUUGUCAC